AUACGGCUUGCGACAUUGCUAUCGGGACGUCCAUCGAAUUCACAAGCUAACAUCAUGAGGGAGAUCGUGCACCUUCAGGCCGGCCAAUGCGGCAACCAGAUCGGAGCUAAGUUUUGGGAAGUCAUCAGUGAUGAACAUGGAAUUGACCCAACUGGCACAUACCAUGGUGACAGCGAUCUGCAGCUGGAAAGAAUAAAUGUCUACUACAACGAAGCAUCAGGUGGCAAAUAUGUUCCCCGUGCAGUUCUGGUGGAUCUUGAGCCAGGCACAAUGGACUCUGUGCGAUCCGGACCCUUCGGGCAGAUCUUCAGACCAGACAACUUUGUUUUUGGUCAGAGCGGUGCUGGAAACAACUGGGCAAAGGGUCACUACACAGAGGGAGCAGAACUGGUUGACUCAGUAAUGGAUGUUGUAAGGAAGGAAGCAGAAAGCUGUGACUGUCUCCAGGGCUUCCAGCUCACACACUCCCUGGGUGGUGGUACUGGCUCUGGUAUGGGUACCCUGCUUAUCAGCAAGAUCCGAGAAGAGUAUCCAGACAGAAUUAUGAACACCUUCAGCGUUGUGCCCUCCCCCAAAGUGUCUGACACUGUAGUAGAGCCAUACAAUGCCACCUUGUCAGUGCACCAACUUGUAGAGAACACAGAUGAGACCUACUGCAUAGACAAUGAAGCUCUGUAUGACAUCUGCUUCAGAACCCUCAAACUCACAACCCCCACCUAUGGUGACCUGAACCAUCUGGUAUCAGCCACCAUGAGUGGAGUCACCACCUGCUUACGUUUCCCUGGCCAGCUGAACGCUGACUUGCGUAAACUGGCUGUCAACAUGGUACCCUUCCCACGCCUGCACUUCUUCAUGCCUGGCUUUGCCCCACUCACCAGCCGUGGUAGCCAACAGUACCGUGCCUUAACUGUGCCUGAGCUGACACAGCAGAUGUUUGAUGCCAAGAACAUGAUGGCCGCCUGUGAUCCACGUCAUGGCCGCUAUCUGACUGUAGCUGCUGUGUUCAGAGGCCGUAUGUCUAUGAAAGAGGUGGAUGAGCAGAUGUUGAACGUCCAGAACAAGAACAGCAGCUACUUUGUUGAAUGGAUCCCCAACAACGUGAAGACUGCUGUCUGUGACAUCCCACCCCGAGGCCUAAAGAUGUCUGCCACCUUCAUUGGUAACAGCACAGCCAUUCAGGAGCUGUUCAAGCGCAUCUCUGAGCAGUUCACUGCUAUGUUCCGCAGAAAGGCCUUCUUGCACUGGUACACUGGGGAAGGCAUGGAUGAGAUGGAAUUCACUGAGGCAGAGAGCAACAUGAAUGACCUGGUGUCUGAGUACCAGCAGUACCAGGAUGCCACCGCAGAAGAGGAGGGAGAAUUUGAAGAGGAGGCUGAGGAAGAAGCUGAAUAAACUAACGUGUUCCAACU